AUGUGCACCACCGACCAGCGGAUGACACAACAGUUGCAUCCCGUUUCCGGACCCCUUCUAGUGGCCAACGGCAUGUGCAAAUCCCCCUCGAUGGCGACGGCCAUCUCCGUCAAAACGCCGUUCUCGAUCGAGGAUAUUCUGUUCCAGAACGGGGCCGCUUCGGCCGGUGGUCAAAGCCCUCGGGCGGCGGUCGGUACGGUGGCCAGGGAAGGUUCUCCGUUGUCCGACGGUGAACCACCACCACAAGCACCACCAUCGGAUAACAGCACUCCUGUGCCACGCGCUGCACGGCCUGGCAAACAUUCACCAAACGGUUCCAGCUCUUCCUCCUCCACGUCGUCAUCGUCGCCGCCAUCGUCGUCUCCGGCGUCGUCUACGGCCUCGGGAGGCAGGGAUGGUGUCAGUGAGAAGGUGCCGAGUGGUGGUAACAAUCGUGGUAAAUCAAUCGUUGGUGCUAGUAGUGUGAACAAUCGAAGUGACAACCGCCACACAGGGGGCAACAGUAAACAACAGUGUCACCAGAAUCAGACGACUGGUGCGGGAUUAAGUCGUGCCGACGAGGACUACCGGAAAGUGUUGCAAUCGGAAAGAUACGGUAAGCUCGGUGCCACACCACCCGUUCCGCAUGCCGUCUCGAUCGGUUCGCAUCCUGCACCACCACCUUCUUCGGCACAACCGGGACCACCUCCAUCGAUGGCGAGUGGUGGACCGGCUGGUACUGGCAGUCCUUCCGGUGGUCCGGUUCAGUUUACCAGCGGCCCGUCGGCAGGUGUCCUGUACGCCACCAAUCCGUACAACGAUCCUGCCUACCUACAGAUGGCCCUCGGUGCCUAUCUAGCGCCCUCCUCCACCGGUUACAAGACCGUCGAUCCGUACUUCCUAUCGCAAGGCAUCUUUGCCAGCUCAUCGCUGUUUCCCGGAGCCGGCUGUCCGGACAUAGCGCUCGGCCUUGGCAUGGGCAUGAGCGCUCUGCGUCACUGCCGACGCCGCAAAGCUCGCACCGUUUUUAGCGAUCCGCAGCUGACCGGUUUGGAGAAGCGCUUCGAAGCACAACGCUACUUAUCGACACCGGAACGUGUCGAGCUGGCGACGGCACUCGGACUCAGCGAGACGCAGGUCAAAACGUGGUUCCAGAACCGACGGAUGAAGCACAAGAAGCAGCUACGGCGCCGGGAGGUCAAUGCCACUGCUGAUACGAACGGCACGUCGAGUGGAACAGGAGCAUCUGGCGGUAACUCUGCGAGUAGCAACAGCGGCAGUAGCACCACUAGCAACGCAAAUACCAUCUCCACCAGCACCAGUUCUAGUGGUUCCAAUGGAUCAGGCCGCCUUCAUGGACCCUCGGCAUCCACUUCUUCUUCCUCAUCUGCUUCUGCAACCUCUUCACUCAUCAGCUCAACCGGUGGAGCGACGAUGAUGGUGGAGAAGAACGGAUUCACGGCCUACGGUGGCAAGUCUGGAACGGGAACGGGAGCUUUCGGGUCGAAAUCCCAUCCAUCGUCCACCGGAAGUGGAGCGGUAUCGUUGAAAACCUUAACCACCGUUCCACCAACGGGCAACGAUGGUAGACCGCUGCACUCAUCGUCAUCGUCGUUCAGUCUGGUGAAGCGUGCGGCGGCCGUUGCGGCUGUGGCGGCCAUGAGUAACGGCCAUGCUCCACCAAUCAAUCAUCUACCACCGCCGGUGUCGGUACAUGGUAGCGGUGGGCAAGGACCUCUUCCUCCUGUUCCCGGUGGUGGUGGUGGUGGUGGCAGUGCACACCAUCCCUUCCCGUCGCAUGGUCAUCCGUCCCAUCCGCAUGGUCAUGGGCUGCUGCACUCCCAUCCGUACCAAUCGAUGGCUCACCAUCAGCAGCAGCAUCAUCAGCACCAUCCGCUGGGACAUCCGCUAGUCGCAGCACAUCGGACCGGUGAACGAGGCUCGCUGAGUCCCGAUCCGGAUGAUGAGGAAGAGGAUGAUCUGCUGAACGAUAGUGAGUCGGACUGUAGUGACGUCGAUAUCGUUGGUGACGAUCAGGGGUACAUGACGUAG